CCUAUCUUCUCAUCCCUGUUGAUCGGCGAUUGUCAACAAUCAACAUAAACAAAUCGUGUCCAGGCAUGUCCAGGAUAACCUUAACAUGUACAUGUUAUUAGUGCAGUUAAUAAUUUUACUUAUUACUGUCAAUCAAAUAAUUAAUUAAACAAACAUGUCCGGAAUUAUGAGACAAUUAGAGGAACGACAAGUAUCGACGGAAAUUACUUUAAUGCGAUGGUCGCCAAAAAUGGAUCUUCUGGCUUUAGCCAAUGUUAAAGGUGAAGUGACACUGCACAGACUCACGUUUCAACGUGUAUGGUUGCUCUCGCCACAGGACGAAUCGGGCCUUGUUGAAAAUAUUUGUUGGCGACCGGAUGGAAAACUUUUGGCUGUCACCUACAAGGAAUCGAAGACACUUUAUCUUGUCGAUGUUGAAAAUAAAAAUAUCGUUCAUAAAACGAAUUUAUUUGCAAAAAAUUCGCCCAUCACUUGCAUGGCAUGGUUGCCAUUAAAUUUCAAAUCCCAUGGUGCAAAUGAUAUUUCAUCGCCAACUGGUAAUUAUUUAUCAACAUUGCCCAGUCUUGAUCGAAGCUAUGGUCAGGAAUCAGAGAGAAAGGAAUUUCUUCUACAGAAGCUCGACAUGUUCUUCACAGGUCAAGAAACGGGGGAAAUUGGAAUGUACAUUUUCGGAAUGUUUUACUGUGGAACAUUGAGCAUUGGUAAGGGACCAAUUUUAGAAAUAAGCGGUGGUUCUGGAAAACCUUUAUGGGCCAGCUGGAGAAAUACAAAUGAAAUUAUUGUCAAUAAACUCUCAUGUCCAUUGCUCGAGAGUAGCGACGCUUUCCUCAAGGUAGCUCAAGCGCAGGCGAAUGUAGACUAUUUAAUGGAUUAUCUCUCGCGCACUUUGAUGGCAAUUACCGAAGCGUGGGAAACAAUUCUUCUCGAGAUGGACGAGAAAUUAACACGUUACGCUGAAAAUAAUCCACCGGGAAGUGUUGCUGCCGAUUUUCUCGAACUUCUCAUGAUUGGAAUUCCAUCGGAGAAUUUGGAGAGUUUUCUAUUACGUGACUUGACGGAGAAGGGCCUUAAAAAAUUGGGUCACAGUAUUGAAAUGUGUUACAGUAAUAUACAGAAAUUAGUAUUAAAACAUUUGAAUAGUGCUGGAAUGGCUCUUGCCUAUCAAAUAUCGGAAAUGCUUGGAAUGGCGAGACUCGGUGGUGAUUACGAAUCUCUUGGUUUAAUUGAAGAAACACCAAUAACAGGUGCACUGCACAGAAUUCAAGCUUUUCUCGGUAAAACAUCAGAGGUUCAACAAGUCAUAGAUCACAGUAUGCGCGAUUAUAAGGCAUUCUUUCGAUGGUUGUACGUGGUGAUAUUACGAUUAACCGACGAGAGAGUACCGCCGGAAAUAAAUAAAUUGAGUCAACAGGAAUUAACCUAUAUUGCGGAAUUUUUACGUGGUUUCGAUAAUACCGAAGCUGGUAAUGGACGUAAGGGUGUGAAUUUAGAGAAAUUAGGACAAUAUUUACGUCGUGAACCAUUGCAAAAUUGUUUGAAAUCAGAAGGCAGUGAAUGGGCAUUAUUAUUGGAUGAGAAUUUUUGUCUACGUGAUCAUUCACUUAUUAUAAAACAAGAUUUAGAUUCAUCAUUACUGCAAUCACACGAUAAAGUUGUUGAGGCGAUAAAUUCUCUAUUCGCAAAAUCAUAUCAAGGACUCACAGAUCAUUUUGUCACAUUACAAAUUGCAAUUGAUUUUGAAAAAAAACAAUCCUUCUCGCAAAUUGUCAACACUGAUGAUAAUUUAUUUGUCGCAAUCAGUGACGAACAACAGAAAAUAAUUAAUAUUUUUAUGGUGAAUCGCAUUGAGGACGAGCAAAAGAAAUUGUCGUUUAAAAAAAUUACCGUUGAAAUUGAUGAAGAUCAGGGUCUUUCAGUAUCAAGAUCAUCGAACAAUUGUAAAUUCAUUGAUCUACAAUUUUAUUCACAAGAAUUUUUGAGUCUUCUUAUUUAUGAUUCGCAAAAUGAAUCGAGUUACUUGAUAAAUCUUUCGUUGAAAAAUGCGAAAUUAUUUAGUCGUGAUACGGAGAAUUUUGAUUUAAACGAUUUAAUUGAAUCGUGGCCACGUGCAUUUGAGGGAAUUAACGCGAAACAAUUGACAGUUAGUGGCGCGCGUAAAGUCGCGGCAAUUUUAAGUGAAAAUUGUCGGAAAAUUCGUCUUCUCGAAACGGAAGUCGAAUUGGAUGACGAGGAGGAGGAGGACGAGGACGAGGAAAUUGGCGACGAAAGUAUGAUGGACGUCACGGCAAGUACACAAGAUGCUUAAUUAUUAUUUAUAAUUUUGUUAACUAUCCAAUUAUUUUGUUAAUUAAUCAAUUAUUUUGAUAAUUAAUCAACUGUUAUAUGUUAAUUAAUCAAUUAUGUUGAUAAUUAAUUAAUUAUUUUGGUAAUAUUUCAUUAAUUAACCAAUUAAUUUGUUAAUUAACAAUUUAUUUAAUUAAACAUCAAUAAUUCGAUAUACUUAACCAAUUAAAACUAUUAAAACAUCGAUGAUUUGAUUUUGAGUUCUAAAAAAUUCCACAAAAUAUUUUGAAUCCAGAAUUUUAUUAUAAAUAGAAACACUUUAUUUUUCUCUCAUAAAAUAUUACAUUUUGUGUUUACUUUUCGAAAUAAUCGGUAAAUAAUUUUUGUUUUGAGAUUUGAUGAAAAUUCAUUAAAAUCUCUCUAAAAGAAAAAAAUUUUAAAUAAUUUUCAACAACGAGAAAAUUUAAGAGAAAGAAUCCAAAUAUUUU